CUCCUCUCAAGUAAAAUGUCUUCAGUUGAAAAAAGUGCAUCAACAAUGAUAAAAGAAAAGCAAUAUUUUCUAAUUUUUUGUUUUUUACUCUGGAAUAAUACUUUUGCUCAGAAUGAAGAACCCUCAGAUUUAGCCGUUGUAGAGGCCCCGGUAGGGGAUGACUCAAAUCCUAAAAAUAUAGACAUUGAAUUGGAUAUUGGAACCAGGAAUAAGAAGAUACAGCUUCACCUCAAGAGAAACGAUGAUCUCAAUAUGGACGCCACUGUGUUUGUCCCCCGAGUGGAUUCCACUGGGAAAUCCGUGCUGGUCAAAGAAAUGGUUCCUGUUGACACGAAAACGUCCUACUAUCAAGAUCCAAACCAUGGUGCAGCCGUACAAAUGCAAUGUGGGGAGUCGGCGGCAGGUGGGGAAUGCGAGAGGACUUUGGUUGGUUCUUUGUAUGUUAGCGGGGAAGAGUUUGCUUUACAACCCCUUGAUCAAGGAGCGAGGCGUAAGAGACAGGUGAAAUUUAAGACUGACCGUAACGGCAAAAAGAAGACCACCGUCAUGUAUGGACUGUUCAAAAAGAAGAGGCCAAACAUAGGAAAGAACUGGGAAAUGAAGAAGGAUGUGAAAGAUUUCAAAGCGGCGUGGGAUGAAAUCAAAAAACUCAGAGGCAAGAAACGGAGACCUGUCAGCAGAAAACCAACUUCCAGAUUCUCCCAAUCGUCUUGGAAAAAGGCCUCUAACGUCAAGGGUUUGACGUUUACCCCACCCCCGAUCGACCGUGACGCUGCUAACACCGGAAGUGAAAGCGAUCCUUUGCAAGCUUUUACGGCUCUAAGCAGCAGGAACAAGAAAAAGCUUGUAGUUGAUGCAACCGAGUCAAAAGUCCUAGGCGAGAGCAUUGUAAACGGUCAAAGGCCUACAGCCUUUGCAACCGCAAAACAAAGAUUGGUCGUGGCAACGGUGACGUCAGAGUACCAAGUUGGUAUCCUGAUUGCCCUGGAUUAUGCAACUUAUGAAAGGUUUUACAAAAAAGCAGCAGGUGCCACAGAAAAUGAACGCGACACAAAGGCCAAACAAGAUAUUCGAGCUUACUUCUCUCAAGUAAUCAACGGGGUUGCCCUGAGAUAUAAAACCAUACAAGCAGAAUUUUCAUUAAACAUUGUGGUCACUGGUUUCAUCAUUGUAGAUACUAACGAUUAUCCCUGCUUCACGUGUGGAAAGGUUAAGAACGUGUUCGAUGACACACUCCGGGACCUGACCGAUAUCGAGUCCUCCCUCAAGAACAUCACAGAGUUCCGACAGAAGACACAGCUACCCGAACACGACCAUCUUAUGAUGUUUACAGACUUGGAUCUUUACUACAGUCCCAGCAAGAACAACUACCAAACCGAUGUUACAGGUUUCGCAUACGUUGGUGCUUUGUGCACACAAGCAAGUACCUCUGUUAUUGAAGAUUUUGGAAACUUCGAGAGCGUGUUUACAGCUGCGCAUGAACUUGGACACAGUCUAGGGGCACAGCAUGACGGUUACGGGAACACCUGUUCGGAGAUGGACCAGUACCUGUUAACAGCGGUGUCCGGUCAGACCACGGAAACAACCAAACGCAACCCCUGGAAAUUCUCCUCUUGCUCCAUUAAUUAUUUCAGAAACUAUAUUGCCAAUAUAAGCAGUGAUAGCUCUUCCGUCAAAAACUGUCUCACGGACGAAGCAUUCCUUUACGACGCGGAGGAAUUCAAACAAAAUACUGGCACACACCCAGGGCAACUCUCUCAUCCUAAUGAGCAAUGUAAAGCCACUGUUGGACCCCUGUCUUACUACGGAUGGGGUGGCGCUUUAAAAACGUUUGAUGACAUCUGUACUUCGAUGGCUUGCAAUACAGGGGAAGGUGCAUCGUUGUUUGUAUUUGGAAUAGCGUACAGGGGAACUUCCUGUGGAGACAAAAAGUGGUGUAUAGAAGGCCAGUGUGUAUAUGACCCACAGGCUCCAGCGAAAAACGCAAAUUGUGUGCAUGGGGAUAUGCAGGAGAAAUUCUCCUUCCUGGAGAAGACGUGCGCACAGAUAGUGGCCGAAACGCCGUCCCUGUGCUACAAAAACCCUUAUGACUACAAGUGUUGUGACUCCUGCGAGAAAGCUGCUGACAAGUCAAACCCAGAUUGUCCAUAUGGAGACAGGGCUGAUACAUGCUCCAAGGUUCUCACUAAUCCAUCACUGUGCUACUUUGAGGAAAGGGAGUGCUGUGCUACGUGCAAGAGCGUCAAUACUGGACCCGAGGGUUGCCAAUAUGGAGAUAAGAUAGACUCGUGCAGUAAGUCUGAAUGCGGUAAAGAUGCUGCCUAUAGAGAUAAUUGCUGUGAAACAUGUGCUGACUAUGUUCCAACCACUGCCGCUCCCAUUGUACCGGAGCCAACGCCAGCACCGACGCCAGCACCCACUGAAGCACCAACGCCAGCACCAACGCCAGCACCAACUCCAGCGCCAACUGAAGCACCAACACCAGCACCAACGCCAGCGCCAACUGAAGCACCAACGCCAGCGCCAACACCAGCGCCAACACCAGCACCAACUCCAGCGCCAACUGAAGCACCAACUCCAGCGCCAACGCCAGCGCCAACUGAAGCACCAACACCAGCGCCAACACCAGCACCAACUCCAGCGCCAACUGAAGCGCCAACGCCAGCGCCAACUCCAGCGCCAACUGAAGCACCAACACCAGCACCAACUCCAGCACCAACUCCAGCGCCAACACCAGCACCAACGCCAGCGCCAACUCCAGCUCCAGUGCAGACAACACCAUCUAACUUUGUCUCACUUGUUGAUUAUUAUGAUUCCCUAUGUGUCAAGCCAUUUGUUGAAGUUGGUUUUAGAUCCUGUGCAUCUAGAGCAGAAGGCAUGUCUUAUCCGUGUCGAUUUCUAUCAUUUAGGACUUCGUGUUGCACACAAUGUACAGAAUGUUCCGAUAAACAACUUUGUGGGGAUGUGAAGCCGGGUUACUGUUACUACAAUCAGACAAGAAGGGACUGCUGCGAGUCAUGUGCUAGAGCCGCUGAAUUGGAACCAGAUUGCUUGGGGGAUGCAAGUCCAUUUUGUGCACACUUUGUUCAACUCGACGCAGAAUAUACCUGUUCGAGAUACGGAAGAGCUUGCUGUAGAUCAUGUGGGUUCGUGAAGUUCAACAGUCUUUUUGCCCGUUCUGCUAAAAACGACCCCUCAAUAUUAAAAGCAAGAUCUCGGAUAGACUCAGUCAUGGUAAAAGUCGCUGAUCCAAACAGUCUUAUUGAUCUGAGGAAAGAUUUUCUGCACACUGUCGAUGAAUCGGUACAAUUGGAAAAUGCCGGAAUUUCAAACUCAACUCCAAAGCCCACAACCCCGAAACCACCAAGGAAGAAAUUUUCACCGAUGAACCGCCGUCGAUUUGGUCCCAAUUCAAGAACACGGCGACCGACUCGGCGAUUCUUUAACCGGCCUAGUCAGCGCCCUGCUGCUAGCAAUCGGCCCGCUCCGACACCAAGACCAAGGGGUUUUAAUAGGUUAAGACAAAGAUUGCAGAACUUACGGGGCUCUUUGGCUGGACGAAGAGCGCGUGUUUUGGGAUGAAAGGUUCUCGUCAAUCAACAUAGUGCUCUGUUCCGUUUGUGAAGGACAUGUGCAAUAAACAAAUCUUGUUUUUCCCUUCACUUAGAGUGUAAACUUCUCAGCUAAUAUGAAUUUGUUGCUGUUUCAAGUAACUUUCGUCUACAUCGUGUAUCCGUUGGUUAUGACGUCUCACUAAUAGUAUAAAAUAAAGUAAAAGGAAAAUGA